AUGACUACCAAACGCCCAGCUGCCAACUUGGACGAAGCCGGCUACGUGCCAGAGCCAACGAAAGCCCUCCUCGACGUCGGUCCCGAGCGCUCCAAGACAGGCCGCCCACCCGCCCCGAUCCGCAUCCACUUUGAGAACACGGGUCGCCAAAAGAACGCAUCGACCGCCCUCCUCAAGUGCAAGUUUUGCGAAAUGGAAGUCUCGGGCCGCGCCAUCUCUCUCGAGAGCCACCUGAAGCGCUGCCAGCAAGCGCCGGAAGAAGUCCGCCCCACAAGCGUCAAGGACGAAAAGUCCACGCCCAAGAGCACCAAGGCCCACGCCGUCGCCGGCAAGCACCCGGCCAAGAAGCCGUGCACGGCCACGUCGUCGAUGGAGACCAAGUACCGCAAUCUGAUCAUUCUCCAAACCAACGCCGUUCAGUCGCUCCAUGUCAUGCUCCGCGACAAGCGUUCGUCGCACCUCCAAUUCAAGAAGUUUGCCGACCGCCUCAUGCGGAUUCUGGCCGAAGAAGCGCUCGCAGCGUGCACCCUUGAGUUUGCGAUCGUCUGGACGCCGACGGGCGCCGAGUUCUCGGGCAUGCGGCCUAACAGCAACAUCUGCGCCGUCUCCAUCGUCCGCGCCGGCGACGCGCUCCUCGAGCAGGUCCUUGCCUGCGAGCCAAGCGUCUCAGUCGGCAAGAUCCUUAUCCAGCGCGAUGAAUCCUCGGCCGAGAAACACCCGGUCGUCUACUACGCCAAGCUCCCACCGCGCAUGAAUGCAUUUGACCGCGUGCUCCUCCUCGACCCGAUGCUCGCGACGGGCGGUAGCGCUAAGAAGGCCAUCCAGCUGCUCAUUGACUCGGGCGUGCAGGAGCGGGACAUUGUGUUCGCCAACGUGCUUGCGUGCCCCGAGGGCCUCGACGCGAUCUUCGAAGCGUACCCGCAGAUCCACGUCGUCACGUCGGCGAUCGACCCGGAGCUCAACGAGUCCAAGUACAUUGUGCCGGGCCUCGGCGACUACGGCGACCGGUACUACAACACGACCAUGUAA